AUGGAGUGCAGUUCCUCGCCAUCAUCGUCACGAAUGGGUUUCAACGUUCUUCUUUGGCAGUUGUUGCAAACCUUUGAAACGAUAUAUGCUUCGUGUAUAGGGACAACAACGAGCAAGCCUUGGUUUUCGGCUUUUUUCAGAACCGAUCGACACAUCCCGGAUACCCCAGGCAAACCUCCUCCUCUUAUGGCCCCCCAGCUGCCGGUGCCAAAGGCGAUCAAUGGAAUUUUGUGCGACUUUUGAAAACCGGUGGCUUCCCACUUCGCUGGGUUACCAACAACACUGGAUAACCGACGAGCGAUUCAGUCAUUUUGGCUUCCGAUAACCUCGAUGACAUAUCUUACCUUUCCUUCCUCUUCCCCUUGCGUUUCUUCCCCUUCUGCUCCUUCCUGUACUUCUUGCGCCCUCUUGCUUUUCGCUUGUCGUAUUUGCGGCCGCCAUUAACAAA